CAAAGAAAGAAAAGAAAAACGCUGUAUAUCAUUUGUAUCGAUGAUGUGGACUGUCUUCUCGGCUCCUUUGCUGUUCUUCGCCAUCAUCACAAGCUUCUUCAUUGCGACUCGAACUAUCUCCACUUCACCAGCUCUACAUCCAUAUGAAUUAAAUGCACUUGAGGAAAUAGCUACUACACUUGGCAUAAAGAGAUUAAACCUAAGUUAUGGAGACCCUUGCCAUUUAAGAACUCUAAAGAUUGAUGUCGUUUGGAAAUCGGAGAUGAACAACACCAUUGGCUGUGAUUGUUCCUUCGACAACAAUAUGACAUGUCAUAUUACAGAGUUAUUUCUCAAGUCCAUGAGUCUUUCAGGGAAACUUCCACCUGAGUUGAACAAGCUUCGAUAUCUCCAGAAGAUAAACUUGUGCAGGAACUACCUCUCAGGCACAAUACCAAUGGAAUGGGCUUCAAUGCCAUACCUCACUUAUAUCUCGGUUUGCGCAAAUCGUCUGUCCGGAAAUUUACCAAUUGGAUUGCAAAACUUCAAGAGUCUGACAUACUUAGGGGUUGAAGCAAACCAGUUCUCUGGCCUCAUUCCUGAUGAGCUUGGUUACUUAACCAACCUAACCGGAUUGGAACUUGCAUCCAAUCAAUUGACAGGAAGCCUUCCUAGCACUCUCGCUAGACUUGUAAACAUUAAAAAAUUUAGAAUAUGUGACAAUAACUUCACUGGCAUCAUCCCAGAAUAUAUAGGCAACUGGUCUCAGCUUCAAAGGCUAGAUCUAUACGCAAGUGGACUGAAAGGACCUAUUCCUGAUGCAGUGGCCCGCCUAGAAAAUCUUGUUGAAUUGAGUAUUGGUGAUACAACUGGGAUAAACUCCUUUCCAAAUAUAUCUAGCAAUGUCAUAACAAACCUGAUUUUGAGGAAUUUGAGUUUGUCUGGUACAAUUCCUUCUUACAUCUGGAGUAAGCCGGUCUUGAGAACACUUGAUUUGUCGUUUAACAAGUUGACUGGUGAAGUUCAUGGAAUAAAAAUAGCACCAUUAUAUAUCUAUCUGACUAGCAAUAUGCUCUCCGGAAACAUCGAUCCUAGUGUUCUCCAAAACAAGAAAUCUAAUAUUGAUCUCUCUUACAACAAUUUCUCAUGGUCGACUAGCUGCCAGGAAAAGAGCAACAUUAACACAUAUCGGAGCUCAUAUUUGAAGAAGAAUUUAACAGAGCUUUUUCCAUGCGGUGUUCCAAUGAACUGCAAGAACUAUCAACGAUCACUACAUGUAAAUUGUGGUGGUGAAAAUGUAACUAUUGAGACCUCUUCAGGCAAAAUCACUUAUCAAGCUGAUAACAGUGAAAUUAAAGCUGCUACAUAUCAACACUUCAAAAAUUGGGGAAUUAGUAACACUGGUGACUUUGUCGAUGAUGCAAUUGAUGAUGACGUGUACGUUGUUUCAACUAGUUCAACACCAUCAGGAGAUUCUCCUGACCUUUAUAAGACCGCACGUCGAUCUGCUCUAUCGCUAGUUUAUUAUGCGUUUUGCUUGGAAAAUGGAGCCUACAAUGUGAAACUCCAUUUCAUGGAGAUUCAGUUUGCAGAAGAAGAAUUAUAUAAUCGUCUAGGAAGGCGCAUAUUUGAUGUCUAUGUUCAGGGAGAAUUGUUCUUGAAGGACUUUAACAUCAAAGAAAGCGCUAAUGGGACUCUAAAGCCUACUGUCAAAGAAAAGAAAGCUGUUAAUGUGAGCGAUCAUUUGUUAGAGAUUCGGUUGUAUUGGGCAGGGAAAGGAACAACCCUCAUUCCUAAAAGAGGACAUUAUGGUCCUCUUAUCUCUGCUAUCUCCUUGUGUCACAGUAGUCUAGAGCCACAAUGUGGAGCAGCGAGAACAGAACAUCACACUAACCAUUCACUAAUAUUCGGACUAACCGGUGCCGUGGUAACAAUUAUUCUCUUGGUUUUGGGAAUAUAUGCUGGACGGAGAUGCAGAGGAGACAAUAACACAAGAGAAAGAGAACUAAGAUCCCAGGGUCUACAAAUGGUUUGUUUUACUUGGAGGCAACUGCAAGCUGCAACUAACAAUUUUGAUGAAGCCAACAAACUUGGAGAAGGAGGUUUCGGAUCCGUAUUCAAAGGAGAGCUGCCAGAUGGAACUAUCAUAGCAGUUAAGCAGCUUUCUUCCAAGUCAUGCCAAGGAAACCGCGAAUUUGUGAAUGAGAUAGGAAUGAUUUCAGGUCUGAACCAUCCAAACCUUGUCAAGCUUUAUGGAGGCUGUGUCGAGAAGAAUCAAUUGCUGCUAGUGUAUGAGUACAUGGAAAAUAACUCCCUUGCUCUUGCCUUGUUUGGAAAGAGUUCCCUGAAAUUGUGCUGGGAAGCUAGACGAAAAAUAUGUGUGGGAAUUGCAAGUGGCCUUGAAUUCCUCCAUGAAGGGUCGACGAUCAGAAUGGUUCACCGUGACAUAAAAACCCCUAAUGUGCUUCUAGACACCGACCUUAAUGCAAAGAUAUCUGACUUUGGAUUAGCUAGGCUCCACGAGAAAGAGAACACACACAUCAGCACCAAUAUUGCUGGAACCAUUGGAUAUAUGGCUCCCGAAUACGCGUUACGGGGUCACUUGACUGAGAAAGCAGACGUGUACAGCUUCGGAGUCGUGGCAAUGGAAAUUGUUAGUGGAAACAGUAUUACAAAACAGCAGGGACGUGCUGAUAACUUCUCGCUUAUCAAUUGGGCGCUGACCCUAGAACAGAGAGGGGACAUAUUGGAGAUAGUAGAUCCGAUGCUUGAAGGUAAAUUCAACAGCAAAGAAGCAGUGAGAAUGAUCAAAGUUUCUCUUGUUUGCACAAAUGCAAAUCCUUCUUUAAGGCCAUUGAUGUCUGAGGCUGUGAAAAUGCUCGAGGGAAAGAUGGAAAUAACACAGGUUCUGUCAGACCAUGCUGUGUAUGGACACGACUUACACUUUUCAAAGCUGAUGGAGAGAACACCUGAGGCAUCGUCGAUGUCAGACUAUGAUCUCUACCCAGAUAACUCAGAAUCCGCCACCCUGAACUCCACGGUGGAGUUUUCUUCCUCUUCACUGUAACAUCAAAGGUUGUGCACAUGCCACAUUGCCUUGUUUCUUGUGAGAGAAGUUAUCUUAUAAUUAACUAUAAAGUCAUCAUAUUAUCUAAUAUAAGUAACUCUUGAAUGGUUUGCCGACGUUAAAAUUGUGAUUAACAAAACA